AUGACCGUGGUGUCCGAGGAGAACCUGGACGAGUCCACGGCACUGGCCGCGCAGGACGUGCUGGACCCGGACCCGGACCAGAACCAGGAGCAGAACCAGGACUGCUGCGAGCGCGUGCUCAUCAACAUCUCGGGGCUGCGCUUCGAGACCCAGCUGAAGACCCUGGCCCAGUUCCCGGACACCCUGCUGGGGGACCCCCGGAAACGGAUGCGCUUCUUCGACCCGCUCAGGAACGAGUACUUCUUGGACCGGAACCGGCCCAGCUUUGACGCCAUCCUGUACUUCUACCAGUCCGGGGGCCGGCUCCGGAGACCCGUCAAUGUCCCAGUGGACAUCUUCAUGGAGGAGAUCCGGUUCUACGAGCUGGGGGAGGACGUGAUCGAGAACUUCAAGGAGGAUGAAGGUUUCAUCAAGGAGGAGGAGAAACCUCUGCCCCAGAACCAGUUCCAGUGCCAGGUCUGGCUCCUAUUCGAGUACCCGGAGAGUUCUGGACCAGCCCGGGCCAUCGCCAUCGUCUCGGUUCUGGUCAUCCUCAUCUCCAUCGUCAUCUUCUGCCUGGAGACCCUGCCCGAGUUCCGGGAGGAGGUCCGGAUGUCCGAGGAGCCUCUGCUGGUGGUCAAUGGGACCCGUUCUCACGGGACCCGGCUGAACCCGUUCACGGACCCGUUCUUCAUCGUGGAGACUCUGUGCAUCAUCUGGUUCUCCUUUGAACUGCUGGUCCGGUUCCUGGCCUGUCCCAGCAAGGCGGGCUUCUUCAAGAACCUGAUGAACACCAUCGACAUCGUGGCCAUCAUGCCCUACUUCAUCACCCUGAGUCUGGAGCUGGCGGAGCACCAGGGGAACGGCCAGCAGGCCAUGAGCCUGGCCAUCCUGCGGGUCAUCCGCCUGGUCCGGGUCUUCAGGAUCUUCAAGCUGUCCCGCCACUCCAAGGGUCUGCAGAUCCUGGGUCAGACCCUGAAGGCCAGCAUGAGGGAGCUGGGGCUGCUCAUCUUCUUCCUCUUCAUCGGAGUCAUCCUCUUCUCCAGCGCGGUCUACUUUGCCGAGACCGACGACCCGGACUCCGGGUUCUCCAGCAUCCCGGAUGCCUUCUGGUGGGCGGUGGUCUCCAUGACGACGGUGGGCUACGGGGACAUGUGUCCGGUCACCAUCGGCGGGAAGAUCGUGGGCUCGCUGUGCGCCAUCGCCGGGGUCCUGACCAUCGCGCUUCCGGUUCCGGUCAUCGUGUCCAACUUCAACUACUUCUACCACCGCGAGACGGAGCACGAGGACCAGUUCCAGUACACGCACGUGACCUGCGGCCAGCAGCAGCCCUUCAGAGGGUCCAGCAGGCCGUCCCUGUCCAAGUCCGACCUGCUGGACUAUGAGGACGCGGACUCCAUCAAGUACACCAACUGCAGCCCGAACAAGACCUACGGCGAGAAACUGACUGACGUCUGAGCACCACCUU